CACGCGAGUCUGGGACUUCUUCUGAAGAGGUCGCUCGACUACUGGCGGCCACUGAGACCAAAUACGAAGCUAAAGUCACGGAAUUACAGCGCGGUAUCUCUAUUAUAGAGAAAGAGCGAAACGACACCGAAGCCGAGUGGAGUCGCAAACUUCGUGAAAAGAUGAAGGAAACUGAAGAACUGAAGCGCGCGCUGGGAAAAACAGUGAAAUCCAAGGAGCAAGAUGAAGGUGUUGUGAAUCAGCUUCACCAAGACAUUUCUCAGCUCCGCGAGGAGCUUGAUACGCAACGUAAGCAGACUGAUGAGCUGCAUUCGCAGCUGAAUCAGACCCAAGUUGCCGAAAACAGCGCUAGAUCCCACCAAUCAGAAUAUAUCGCAAGAAUAACUGCAUUGGAACAAAAUGUGGAGGAGGGUAAAUCUCGAGAAGCCCAGCUUCGAGUGAGCAACAAGACGUUGCGCGAAGAGCUGAGGAAAGUCCAGUCGUCGGCUGCUCUGUUAGAGCGGCAACGCAACCCCGGCGUCGGCUACUGGACGACAAGAGGUGAGAGCGUCCAAUCGGAUGCCCGAUCACCUCCGCCAUCCCAGACCCCUUCGCCUACCAGUUCACCCCGACCCGACUCGGCCAUGUCCAAUAAGAAUGACGAGGAGGUCAACCUGGAGUAUCUUCGUAAUGUUGUUCUGCAGUUCCUUGAACACAAGGAAAUGAGGCCCAAUCUCGUCAAGGUGCUCUCCAUCAUCUUGAGGUUUACACCGCAAGAAACACGCAGACUGAUGGCCAAGGUCUAACUUCCAAGACCGCUAUAUUUGGCUGGGAAAAAAUGUGGCCCCACGUCUGCUGUUCUUAUUAAAAUGCCAACCCUGU